CAGAGAGAAAGAGGCAGAGGCGGGCAAACACCCACACCUAAGCAGUAAGGCUCAGAGUGCGAGGGGAGGACAGGCGGCUCUCGAUGGGGAGGUAUCUGUGAAGCGCAGCCUACCUGUUGGACCUCAUUACGGGAGACUGCCGCUCCGGACCCACGCCGAUCGUGGAUCUGAGGGAAGGCCACUGCACUUUGUGAGGGAUGAACAGCCCAAAAAUGUCUCCAAGACUAUUGCUCUGCGCUGUGCUGGCUGUGUACCACGGGACGCAAACCUGCAGUGGAUUUAAUAUAGAUGAACGCUUUCCUGUGAUCAAAGAGGGGAAAACCAAAGGGAGCUUCUUUGGAUUCUCAGUAGCAAUGCAUGAACAGACGGAGGGCUCCAGACAAUAUCUCCUUAUAGCAGGAGCACCCAAAGAGAAAGCCAUAUCACUACAAAAUGUCAAUGAAACAGGAGCUGUCUACUCCUGUCCCAUUACCAUGGACACCAAUGAUUGCUCCAGAAUGGACCUGGUCAGCUCAACAAAUCCAUCAGAGAUGGUGGAGGGCAUGUGGCUGGGUGUGACCGUGGCCAGCCAGAGAAACCAGCCAGGGGGACGCGUGCUGGCAUGUGGACAUCGUUAUGUAAAGAUCAUCCAAGGCGGCACAGAGGAGCAGCGUCGGAUGAUAGGAAAAUGUUAUGUAAGGAGUAAUGACUUGACCUAUGACCCCAACGAUGACUGGCAGACAUACAGUUAUGAGGUCUGUAACCCCAACUUCGACAUGGAGCUUGAGGGCAUGUGCAACAUGGGCAUCUCAGCCGGCAUGACAGACACUGAUGUCUACAUCGGCGCCACUGGCAGCUACCUGUGGCAAGGGAAUGUUCAUGUAACAUGGAGAGAUCCGGAUCCAGGGAAUGCAUGGGACUCCACUGGAAAAGACUUUGGACAGCUGAACAGACGAUACAGUUAUAUGGGUUAUUCAGUUCUUGAAGACAGGAAGCUGCUGAGCCAUGGUGACUACACAGUGGUGACAGGGUCACCCAGGGACGAGUCCAAGGGCUCUGUGAUGUUUGGGAGAAAGACUGACACCAACAUCGAGCCUGUGAUCAUCAUCCCCGGGGAACAAGUGGGCUCGUACUUUGGGAACAGCCUGGCUAUCACCGACCUCAACAACGAUGAUUGGAAUGACCUAAUCGUGGGCGCCCCGUUUUACUUUGACCGUAUGAAGGAUGAGGGAGGAGCAGUGUAUAUCUACAUGAAUGAGAAUGGAUCUUUCCAGAAAACUGCCACCAAGGUAUUGAGGGGUCCAGCAACCUCUGGGUUCGGCUUUGCAGUUGCUGCCAUUGGUGAUAUCAACCAAGAUGGAUUCCAAGACUUUGCAGUGGGAGCUCCUUUCCACGACACAGGAAAGGUCUACAUAUGGAUGGGAAGUAAAAAGGGAAUCUCAAAGGAGUACAGUCAGGUGAUUGAGGGUAAAUCAGUGGGUAAUGGAGGUUUCCAGACUUUUGGCUACUCCAUCAAUGGAGGGAUGGACAUGGAUGACAACAGUUACCCUGACAUCUUGGUUGGCUCUCUGGAUGACCGCAUCGCCCUGCUCAGGGCUCGACCAGUCAUCCACUUAACUAAGGACUUCACUGUCAAGCCAAAGAUUGUGGACCCUAAUCGGUGUCCUGGAAAUACACCAUGUAUUACAGCGACUCUGUGCUUGUCUUUCACUCUAAGCAACGGAAACAAAGACUUCAAGAAAAAUAUCACGGUGAAGUACACAGUGGAGGCCGACAUGGAGAGGAGAAGAAGCCCUCGUGUUCAUUUUCAGGCCAAUAAUGAUGACACAUACACAGGCUUCCUGAGCCUGCCAUCCUCCAAAACCAGGUGUAAUGUUCUGAACCUGAUUUUAGCGGGGCCUGUUAGAGACAAACUGGAGCCGGUGGUCUUUUCCCUCAACAUAUCACUACAUGAACAAAAACCUAAAUCCAAACGCUCCCUGCAGAACCUGGACUUUUUCCCAAUUUUUAGCCAGGAGCAGAAACUCACAAAAAGAACUGAGAUUAACUUUCAGAAGGAGUGUGGCUCGGACAACAAAUGUACCAGUAACCUGCAGCUGACCGCCCAGUUUGUUGAUGAUGGCAGAAAGGCUUACCCCAGGCAGGGCAAAUUCCAGGUACUUCAGUUCAGCAGCGAUAUGAAGAUAAUACGGCUGAUGGUGGAGGUGACCAACUUUCCUUCCCGGGGGAAGGUGGCUGAGGACGCCCACCAGGCCAUGCUCAACGUCACCAUUCCUGAUGCUCUGAGAUAUUCUGGUGUCAGGUCGGCGGACCACGAUGUACAAUGCAGUCUUGAGGGCACAGUGAUUUGUGAUUUGGGGAAUCCACUUAAAGGCAAUGAGAAGGUGUCACUCACCCUCAAGUUUGAGACAUCAGGGAUCGAUCUGUACACACAAGAGGUUGAGUCUCAGCUGCUUCUGUCCACCCUCAGCGAGCAGAGUGACCUGAAGCCUGUGCCUGUGGCUCUGCUGAUUGAGAACACCAUCCGCCCUUCCUUCUCUAUAGCGAACCCGGUGGUGCAAACACAGUUCGGUGGGACAGUGAUGGGCGAGUCAGCCAUGGUCAACACCAGUGACGUGGGCAGUCUGGUGGAGUUCACCUUCAAUGUAAACAUGGAAGGUCAGCCCCUGGGAGACCUGGGGACCCUUGCUGUGGAAUUUGAGUGGCCCUUUGAGGUUGCCAACGGCAAGUGGUUGCUGUACCUGACGAAGAUCGUCAUUAAGGGGCAAUCAGAGACAGAAUGUAAACCUCAUGGAGAAGUUGUCAACCUGCUUAACCUAACUUUGUCAGAGAGUAGAUCUAAGCGUGUGAAACGGCAGAUCAGGGUGGACAAUGUCGAUGACACAGACCAGCCGCAUAUUAUCGAGCCACAGGCAGCGAUCACACUGAACACUCGAAAGGAGUCCUACUUAUUGGAAUGCUCCAAGGGAACAGCACGAUGCGUGACUUUUACCUGUCCACUGCUCAACAUGACGGAUUCAGCCAAGAUUUAUGUGAGGUCCCGUUUGUGGAACAGUACAAUGCUCGAGGACUAUCCCAAUGCUCAGCGGAUCAUGGUUAAAGGUCAAGCCACGCUGAAGCUCAUUACAAAUAGACCAACCAUAAAGAUGGACAGUCAGACUAACAUGUUCACAGUAGAUGUAGAACCAGUGGCAGGAGUAGAGAUACCCUAUGAGCUCCCGUUAUGGAUCAUCAUCUCUGCAGCUGUAGCGGGAAUUCUACUACUAGGAAUCAUCAUUCUUAUACUUUGGAAGUGUGGCUUCUUCCAGAGGGCCAGCAGGAGGGAGAUGUAUGAGGCCAAGGCCCAGAAGGCUGAGAUGAAGAUCCAGCCCUCUGAGACAGAGAGGCUGACUGAGGACUACUGAGACCCCCAUGGGUCCCCAUUUGCAGUGGGGACCCAACAGCACACACCAGUGGGGCCUUUGGCUUGGAUUCUUCAAGCGAGCCAUCUACUACCGGAUAAUGCCAAAGCACCAGGGGGUGAAAAUUCGCAAGGCUGAGCGCUAUCAGUUCAAUCUGGGUUUUCAGCCUGAGGAGCCGCAGAAAAAGUACUGGAUCACCAACUGGACAGAGAUGCAGCAUUACUACUACUGAGGCCUUAACUUGGAACCCUGAACCACUCACCGUCACACUGUUUUGACACGGGCCAAAGAACAUUGGGCUUCGUCAAGCCACAUGGAUUCCUCAGUGCACAGACCAACUGUGGAGAGUGCAUUCUAUUUGAAACAUAACUGUUUGUACAUUUCUAGUAGAUUUCAUCAACUUUUUCAGUGCAAUAUACUGAACAUUUUUGUUUCAGAGAUUGUAAUUUGUUAUGUAUUUUUAUUGAAUGCAGUGCUGUAAAUUGAAUCGGGGUUGCAUUCAAGAGUAACUUGUUUGUCAUUAGUUGUUUUGAUUAAGGUUUUUAUGUACUGAAUUUGGUGUUUUCAUUUCUUUCUGAAUCCUCUGUGCACAGUUCCUGGUCAUUCAUCAUGUUUAUUUCUACCAUGUCCGUUUGCUCUCUAAUCAGAGGAAUGAGUCUAUUGAUUUUCUCUGUGAUUGUAUAAGUCUUUCCCUGCUCUGUCCCCAAUCAUCAUUUUGUGGUCAGUGGUUGUAGGCUAUGUAUGGGUCUUAAAUCUACAUCAGUCAUUCUGGAGAUCAUUUUCAAACUGCACUUAAAAUAUGUUGACCAGCAUCCACUGUGUUAUGAGUGAACAAGCGUCUUUAUUGUGUGUGAAUGUCCAUGUCAGUGUUUGGCAAGCAUCAAGUAGACUAGCAUCUCAAUUGCAGUCGUGGUUGUGGAACUGACCUCAUAUCCAGAACAUGAUAAUAGUACUCUUAAAGCUACAUGAAAACAUUAUUUCCCUAGUUUCAGGGAAUAAAUACAGAGUGUACUAGUGUGGUACAGAGAGAAAUUCCUUGAGUACUGUGGAAGAAUGAGUUUUAUGUUUUACUUGCCCCCAUGAGAUUCCACUGCUACGGUCCAUUGUCAAACAAUCUUGCAACAAGUUAAAAAGCAAAAGCUUCUUGUUUGUAUGUAGACUUACAGUCUAUAUACAUGUUGAUGAGAUCAUGGGAGUACACUUAAUCACUAUUUAUUACACUGUCUUGCGUUAUUAUAGGACCUAUUUGGAUAUUUUAAAACGAUCACGUACAGGGAGUCACAACACUGGAUUCAAUAAUACCUUAUAUUGUACCUGACUGGAGAGUUCAUGAUGUUGUAACUCCAGCGUAGAUAGUUACACCAUAAAUUGUACAUAGUGACAAGUUAUGACGCUGCAAAUUAUGUAAGUUACAAAUUGACUUUAUGAAUGAAUGCAUAUGUCAUUGGCCUUUGUUGUUUCACUGUCCCUGAGUUUUGUAUUUUUGUACGCAACAGUGAGCUGACACUUGGAUUGUUUCCAAGCCACUGUGGCCCCCAUUGAGGUCUACCUGCAGCACUGAAAAUGGACUGGACCAAAAGAAGACAGUCUCUGAUGGGACAAAGUGUUGCGUUACCGCCCUAGUCCGUGUUACCUGAGAGCCCACAGGUAUUCUGUUGUGAAACUGAGAUCUGUGGUCGUUACAGAGGCUCCAUUGACUCUCUGAGUAAAGAGGGAAGGGCUGAUGAACCAAUGCACAAAUUCUGUUCUCUGUGGUGGUGUUGUUUUUUUUAACUGUGCAGUUUCAAUGUAAUUAAAUUGUUUUGAACAACCUUUCCAGUUUUAA